AUGUAUUCAGACGCUUGGUUUAAUGUUGCUGAAGACAUGACAGUCAGAGAUCAUCUGAAUGCCCUUUCAAGUCCAGUCUACUAUUAUUAUUUCUCCUACAAAGGAAGUGCAUCAUUCUCUAGGAUAUUCGGAGUACCACAAGGAGAUUAUGGAGUUUCUCAUGCAGAUAAAUUUCAAUAUCUUUUCCCAGUCGGUGAACAGUUAUUCAAAGUCACUACACUGAGUAAAGAAGAUCAUCGGAUGAUUGACAUCAUGACUACUUUAUGGUUCAAUUUUGCAAAAACUGGAAAUCCUACACCUGCUAUUACAAAAAUAAUACCAUUAAAAUGGAAACAUGUGAAAACAGAAGAUCACGAAUAUCUUGAUAUUUCGAAUUCACAAGAUUUAAGCAUGUCGAAACAUUUAUUGAAAGAGAGUUGGUCUGCACCGAAAGGCUGUCAGAUAUUUGAUUUACAUAGUCAACAUUACGAUGAUGUAUUGUGUUUGAUAAAGGUAAUAAUAUACCAUUACUUUACAGAAGAUCCUAUGUGUAAAGCUAUCAAUUUUCACAGAGAUGAUGUAUCAGUUCAAAAUUAUAUGGACCAAAUUCGUGUAUGGAUGAAAGAUACAAGUCUAGUUGCUAUUAGUUCUAGAUCAGGACGAGUAGUGGGUACUGUGAUUGCAAGAAUUAACAGUACUAUGGAUAAGAGUACGACAUAUUCUCGAAUUCAAAUUAUGCAAGGAGAGUCUUUCGAAAAAAUAAUGAGCUUGAAGAAUAAUUUAAUUAAACAAGCUGAUGUUUUUAAUCAGCUGAAUUGCGAUAUAAUUUUUCGUAUUUAUAUUUUAUGUGUUUAUCCAACGUAUCAGAAUCGAGAUUUAAAAUCUGCUUUAAUAGAAGCUUGCGUUCAAAUAGUAAUUGCCUCAGAAAUUCCUGUCAUCGCUGGAAUGUUUUCGUCCAGUGAUCAUCGAAGUUUAGCUGAGAAGCUAGGAUUAAAAAAAAUUCAGUGGAUUGUGAAUAAUGAGAUUAUUUUUGAUAAUCCAGGCAUCAAAAAUUACUCAGUAGCUUUCAUGGGAAUGGAAACACCUUCUUUAGAUUAUUUGAUGAAUUUACGCCAAGUUAAAGAAAAAGAAAUAUACGAGAAAGAGGAAAAACGCAGACAAAGCUAUCAACAUAGAAAGUUAUCUAUAAAAGAAUAAAUAAUUUAUAAGGAUGACUUACAGUAAGCUAGUUGAUACACCUCUUCCAUUGUCUCAAGCAAUUGAUUUCCUUUGUAGAAUUGAAACGUAUUCUCUUUGUACCUGAGCAACAAAAAUUAAAUUAAUACUUGAAAGAGUAAAGCAAUGAACAGAAAAUGUAUGACAAUAUUACAAUUUUAUUGGAAUAUUACUCUAUGAUGAUAUGCAAAAUUAUUUUUCUAUGAGCUAACAUAUUUUUGGUAAAAAAAAAAUCAUGAUACAAUGUAAGGAUGUCUUAAAAAGUACUAUCCAUGUACAGUAAAUUAGUAUGUGGACAUAUUAAUUUCUUUUAAUUAAUAUGCAUCCAUUUGAAAUAAUUCUAACUUAUGGCACAUUUCAACACGUUACAUACUUACUAAAGUUAAUGGUUAUUUAACUAAUAAUUUCGACCAAUAUCACAAAAACUUUUUGCACUU